GUUAGGCCUACAACAAUAGCUAUUAGCUAACUCUUCGUAGUACCUCAGAAAAAGGGCAAUAAGUAAUAACCUAUUAUAGCAUUUGGUUCUUUCAAAUUGUGACCUUCAGUAUUAAAUAUCUUCCUAGCAACUAGAAGAACAUCAUAGCCGACAUUUUUCACACGUUUGAACUUAUCUUGAUUAGCCUUUUAGUUAAGUUGGGUGGCCUGACUUUUUAAAGCAAAAUUGAGCCAUUCGUUGUCUUAUAACAGCCAAUUGGAAGCAAACAAACACAACAGAAUUCCACAAACUAUAUAAUUGCAUUCUAUAAUUAGUCAAAGCAGAGGCCAGUUGACCUCCUGUUUCCACUUUGUAUCAUUCUCAAACAUUCUCAAAAACAUGCACCCCACGUUCUUCGAACCGUUCAUUAAUACUGAGAAUUAACACCAAAUACUCCUCCCCCAUUCUCCAUCAAGAAAACACUUUGCCUCCACAUCUUCUCCCUUAUCUUCUACCACUCCAUAACAUUACAAAUUUUCCUUCUUUUUCACCUCACCAACAAUCCCAUAAAAUUUUAUUGUCUUUUGGUCAUAAGUUUCAUUUGUUAAUAUACAUUUUUGCUUGAAUCAAGAAAAAAUGGUUCUAGCAAUCUAGGAAGAUAAAGGGCUCUACAGUUUCUUGCCCUGUUUAUUAUUAAUGGUAUGUGUGAAAUUGAAGGACAGGCAAACGUGAAGCAUGAUUCUUGAAACGAACAAUAAUUCAAUGGCUGGAUCCAAGUCACGUUUGGCUAAUGAUUCAGGGGUCACUAGCCCUCGUAACCAAAAGAACAAGCCUUCAGAUAUGGAGUUGAUGAAGGAAAAGUUUGCAAAAUUGCUCCUUGGUGAGGAUAUGUCUGGUGGAGGAAAGGGUGUUUCAUCUGCGCUGGCUUUGUCAAAUGCAAUCACAAAUCUAGCCGCUUCCGUUUUUGGAGAGAUGAAGAGAUUAGAGCCAAUGCCAGCUGAGAGAAAAGCGAAAUGGAAAAAAGAAAUUGGUUGGCUUUUAUCAGUCACAGAUCACAUUGUUGAAUUUGUUCCUUGCAAACAAACAUCAAAAGAUGGAACAAACAUGGAGGUUAUGGUAACAAAGCAACGAUCCGAUCUUCAAAUGAACAUUCCAGCACUACGCAAGCUAGAUGCAAUGCUUAUUGAUUGCUUAGAUGGCUUAGCCGAUCAAAGUGAGUUCUCCUAUGUAUCAAAAGAUGAUGAAUCACCGGACGGAAAAAACAGCAGGGAAGAUGACAAAUGGUGGAUACCUACUCCUAAGGUUCCUCUUAACGGCUUGUCUGAUCCUAUGAGGAAAUGGCUGCAAUUUCAGAAGGAUUCGGUAAACCAAGUUCAUAAAGCAGCCAUGGCCAUAAAUGCUCAAGUCCUGUCAGAAAUGGAGAUCCCGGAAAGUUAUAUUGAAUCCCUACCUAAGAAUGGGAGAGCAAGCCUAGGUGAUUCGAUCUACAAAAGCAUCACGGAGGAAUACUUUGAUCCAGAUUACUUCUUCACAACUAUGGACAUGUCAUCAGAACAUAAGAUUUUAGACCUCAAGGACAGGAUCGAGGCUUCCGUAGUUAUUUGGAGAAGAAAGAUGAAUGCUAAAGAUGGGAAAUCAUCCUGGGGUAUAGCUGUUAGUUUUGAGAAGAGAGAAAUCUUUGAAGAAAGAGCAGAAGUUAUCUUGCUAAUUCUUAAGCAGCGCUUCCCUGGAAUUCCUCAAUCAACACUAGACAUUAGUAAAAUCCAAUACAACAGAGAUGUGGGGCAAGCUAUUUUAGAAAGCUAUUCAAGAAUAAUAGAAAGCAGGGCAUUCACAAUCAUGUCACGAAUUGAAGACAUUCUCCAAGCGGAUGCUAUGGCCCGAAAUCCUUCCAAUGGAGAAGUAAAGCGACCACUAUCAGAUAAAGAAGAAGUAGGGAAGCUAAACUCUGCAAUGACACUUUUGGACUUUAUCGGUUGGACACCUGAUCAAGAAGACAACAACACAAAGAAAGAUUUAAAGAAGGAGGACGCAACGAAAUAUGUUGACACGAAGAUUCCAUGCAAACCUCAUAACAUAGUCACCAACAAGAGGUUUUCUUACCUAGAGAACUUAGGUAUGUGUAGAAGUCCAACAGCCCGUCACUAAUUGAUGGCACUGCAGAGUUUUAGUUAACUUAUUGAGGACUGACAGCAGAAUUCGUGGAAGCGUGAAAGCUCGGCCUCAAAUGUACAUGUUGAGAUGGACCGCACCCAUCUAGGAUUUAAUUAAGCCAUACCUUUUGUAAGUAGGUAAAAGUUAGUAGACCUAUUGGGUCUUUGGCACUUCUUUUGAAGUGAUUUACUAUGUACAAGAUAUCACCUUGUUAUAGAACAAAGUGAACUUUGGACUUUUUGCAAAUAGUCCUAUGUUAAGUUGUAUGACCUUUGGUUUUAGAUUUAUUGGAAAGAAAGUAUGUAAUACAGAUUUGGUGCCAUACAGUUAACAGUACCAUUCCUUUAUCAGUAACCUUCCCUUUCAUGUUUUCUUAAAGCAAAGAAGCAAUUAACCGUUAUCUAAUCACUGGAUGGAGCUCUGUUGCGACUAUCUGUUUACUGCAUUGACAUGCUGAGAAUAUAACUUAAACCACAGGGCUGUUUGUUGCAUACGCGGAUCUAGAAUUUUGAGUUUACGGGUAAUGGAUUCUGGAACAUGCAACUUAAUGGGUUCUGGAUAAGUUGUUUAUACAUACUCAGUGGAUUUCUUAACAUAAAUACAAGAUUUUGGCGAAAGCUUCUGCCGAACUCAUAGCUAGAAC